AAAUACCAGAGGCUGCAGAGUUUGAAAAGCGCCAUUUCGCUUCCUUCUUCUCUGCUAGGGUUUUUUGAGUGUCCUUAUUCGUUUGCGUUGUCGAUCGUCUGAAGAAGCUCUACGACGAUGGCCGUCUCCUCCUUCGUUUGUAGAUCUGCCAUUUCCUCUUCUCUUAUCGAAGCCUCUCGCUCCGAGUUGUCGCCGUCCGACGGCCUGAAGGCUUCAUGCGCGAACUCUUCGAAGCUUCAAUCUAGCAUUUUUGGUUCUAGUGUCUCGAGCGGGUCAUCUUCUUUACAGUUAAGGUUUUGGUCGAAUUGGAAGAUUGGUUUUACGGAUUGCAAUCUCCAGGGAUGAUAUUGAUGUCGUAGCGGUUAAUGAUCCGUUUGUUGAUGCUAAAUACAUGGCUUACAUGUUCAAAUACGAUUCUACUCAUGGGAUUUUCAAUGGAACCAUCAAGGUUCUCAGUGAUUCAACCUUGGAAAUUAAUGGGAAGCAGAUCAAAGUUGUAAGCAAAAGGGACCCUGCAGAGAUCCCUUGGGGUGAUUAUGGGGCUGAAUAUGUUGUCGAAUCCUCUGGAGUUUUCACUACAAGAGAGAAGGCUUCAGCACACUUGAAGGGCGGUGCUAAGAAAGUUGUAAUAUCAGCUCCAUCAGCCGAUGCACCAAUGUUUGUUGUUGGUGUUAAUGAAAAAACGUACAAGCCGACAAUGGAUAUUGUCUCCAAUGCAAGUUGUACUACCAACUGUCUUGCACCUCUUGCCAAGGUUGUUCAUGAGGAAUUUGGUAUUGUUGAAGGUCUAAUGACUACAGUGCAUGCAACGACAGCAACGCAAAAGACUGUUGAUGGCCCUUCAAUGAAGGAUUGGAGAGGAGGCCGUGGUGCUGCACAAAAUAUAAUUCCUAGCUCAACUGGUGCUGCCAAGGCUGUUGGUAAAGUUCUUCCAGAGCUAAAUGGAAAGCUUACUGGAAUGGCUUUCCGUGUCCCAACACCCAAUGUAUCUGUUGUAGACUUGACUUGCCGACUUGAAAAGAGUGCUUCAUAUGAAGAUGUAAAGGCAGCAGUAAAGCAUGCCUCCGAAGGUCCAUUGAAUGGCAUUCUUGGAUAUACUGAUGAGGAUGUUGUCUCCACUGAUUUUCUUGGUGAUUCGAGGUCAAGUAUAUUCGAUGCAAAGGCUGGAAUAGGUCUCAGCACCUCAUUCAUGAAGCUCGUGACGUGGUACGACAAUGAAUGGGGAUACAGCAACCGAGUACUGGACCUCAUUGAGCACAUGGCAUUGGUUUCGGCCUACAACUAAAUGCUAGAAGAGAAUUGUCAGUGGCUAAGCCCCCACAACUGGUAGUGAUUUUGGUCCUCCUAGUAGUUGAUGGAAGUGAGAUAGAUGUCUAUUUUUUAUUGGAAUGGAUUCAUUCGGUUGUUUAUGUAGAAGUUAGAUCUUAGAGCAUGAAAUAAGGAAACAUUUAACAUGCAAGAGUGAGUGCAUUCUUCCAGUAAACAUAUCUGGAGCGGCAGAUUCAAUAUAAGUAAUUGUGAAAGAACCUUUCCAUUUCUUUA